CUAUAGUCACGCGUGAGAUUUUUCUUUGAAAAUAUAAUGGUAUUUCUUGCAAGUCAGUUAUCCGCGGAAGAGGAAGAAAUACGUCGAAUUUUAAUUUCAAUUAUUUGCCUUUACGGCAGUGAAGGUUUGCCGCUAGAAUGGGUUGAUCAAGAAUUUUUUAAAAGUUGCGGCUUUCCCAUACCAUACCAAAAAUUUGGGGCUGAGAGUUUAAAAACUUGGUUAAUAACGCUCCCAAAUGUAUAUAUUGUAAAAGAUCUGGAUGGCAAUGAGGUUUUAGUGGAGUACAGCCCCAAAUCACAGCAUAUAAAAGAUAUGGUUUUGAAACAACGAAAUGGACAUAGACCGCCGAUAAAUAGAAAAAAUUCAGAAUGCAAUAACUUAAGGUCCUAUAAAACUAAAAGACGCUUGAAUAGCAAAAAUUUACCUGAAGGCUCGUUUAUUCAUACAUCAAUUAAUAAUGCAUCUACUAUUGAUAUGGAUAGAUACGAAAAAUUUGAGGAACUGGAAUCAAUGCUUCCGUUAUUUUACAAGCAUCAGGCACUUGGGGAUGACUUUUUCUUGGAUAUCGCUGAUAUGAAAUUAGGGUAUUAUGUACCUGAGAGAGGUCCUAAAACAUGCGGAUUAUGUUCAUCUGGCCAAACAAUAACAGCUUUAACAGAGAAAGUGCGAAUUGCUGCACAUCUGGCUCCGAGGGUAGUCGUCAUGAUUGGAUUUCAGGAUCUACUUCUGGGCCAUAAUAUACACACCAUGAUAUCAGAUUUAAGAGAAUUAAUUAUUGAAUUAAAAAAGAAAAAUACGCGCGUGACUCUUAUAACACUGAUUCCAUCCCCGAAAAUGCCAAAAAAUCCGUGGUAUAAAACAAGACAGGAUAUUUAUAACAGAGCAUUGCUGGAUUAUGCUAUGGACCCCGUUUUGAAGUGCAAUGUAAUCGACAUGGACACGAUUUUUAGAAAAGAAGCCCAGACAUUUAAACAAAAUUUUGGUCGAUGGUAUAAAAUUUCAAAAAACGAUCCGUAUCAGGUAUUUUCUGAUUAUGGGCGAAAAACAUUUUUGAAGGCUUUGAAACUGUGUUUAAAGGAACAAAUUGAAUAUGGGCACUAAUAAAUUUUUUGUGUGUUGUUUUUUGUGUCGUCGUUAACUUAAAAUUGAUUUAAAGUCUUAUUAAAUCAAUUUUUCUUUGUUAUGUUUGAUUAUUUGUGUUUAAUAAAACAGCUAUGGUACCAUGCGUAAAACUGCUUACCAUACGUUGCUUUAUUAUGUUUGUGUCAACGGUAUUUAUUUUUUCAGUGUGACAAGGACAUCUGUGAUAUUUGGAAUAGAUUAUAGGGUAUUGUUAAUGCAACCACAACACUUUUAAGAUUAUUAGUAACUAGUUAGGAUUAUUAAUAUUAGAUAAUUUUAAGCCGAUUUAUGUAGUUUUUUUUGUUAAAUGUAAGUACUACCAUUG